GGUUGGGAACCACUGGUCUAAGGUCUCUUUUUCACUUGCCAGCGGACUCUGUAAACAUCAAGAUCUUGAAUGCUGGAGCGUGGUCACGCAGCUCAGAAAAAGUGUUCGUGUCUCUGCCCACUGAGCUGGAAGACCUCAUCCCUGAGGUGGAGGACUUCUACAAGAAAAACCACAGCGGCCGCAAACUCCACUGGCAUCACCUCAUGUCCAAUGGCAUUAUCACGUUCAAGAAUGAAGUAGGGCAGUAUGACCUGGAGGUCACAACCUUUCAGCUGGCUGUACUUUUUGCCUGGAACCAAAGACCACGAGAGAAGAUCAGCUUUGAGAAUCUGAAACUUGCCACUGAGCUGCCUGACGCUGAGCUGAGGAGAACUCUCUGGGUAAGAGCAUCACGGAGUACGUUUACAUGGACACCAAUACUCCAAUUAAGACAAUACUCUGAUUAAGAGUCUACCAUGUAA